GGCUUCGCUGUCAUGUGCAUCCAGGCUGCUGCCGACCUGCGAGUCAGGGUGUACGGGGCCGCCUCCUGGAUGGACUACGCGGCCGGAAGCGUCCUCCCGUCCUCCAUGGUGGCUGGCACGCUGUCGCUGGCCGUGGCGAUCGCCCUGGUGGUGCUGACGCUGCAGAGCUGGCGGAGAUCCCGCCAUCAGCUCGCAUCCGGCGGCUUGCGCAGCACCCCCCAGUGGCAGCCGGAAGCAUUUGGCCCCGUCAGGGCGCCUGCCCUCCCAGGCCUCAUGGCUAGCUCGGUGGCGCUCGCGUUCGGCACUGUGUACCUGCUGCUCUUCUUCGCCAUCGAGGUUCCCUGGAUAGGGAUCUACACCUUCGGGCUUCCGAACAGGGAUUUCUUGUGGGAUCAGAUCAUCAAUCUGGCCAUUGCGGUGGGUGUGAAGAAAUUGUUGCUUGACAAGUUGGUCGGGUGGCGUAUGACGAGGCAAGGGUUCGUGACCCAUUG